CCUCACCUUGCUCGCCUGUCGAGCCGCUUCUCUCAAGACGGUAUACCGCUGCGUACACCACCGGUGCUCCAGCUCCCCCCUACACGCACCCUCACUCUCUCCACAGCAUCCUUCGCAACUCGCCUCUUCCCCCAAGGACAGCCAUCCCCGCCUCGCCCAGGCGGCAGUCCCUUCGACUGCAGGAAAAGGCCGCCAAGCGAGUCGGCUACAACAACCCCCUGACCCAGACCAUCAUCACCAACAAGUACACCAAAUCGCACAUUGACCUCCUCGUGGAAGAGGCCUCGCCCGCGUCGCCGUCCUUCUCGCCCAUUGGCGGCGACAGGGCGGCAACCAUCAACCUCAAGCAAGCGUUCUCGCCCAACGAAAUCGAGAACGGGGGCCAGACGCCAGGCCCGUUCGAGGACAUGCGGCGCAAGCUCGCGGCCCUGAGCGGCGGCGCAGCAGCAGCAUCGCCUCUGUCGUCGUCGUCGUCCCUGUCGCCGUCCGAGGCGGGCGGCAUCCGCAAGCGCAAGCGCAAGGAGAAGAAGCGCCAGUGGGUCUGGACAAUCGGCGUGGCGGACGAGGAGGAGGAGGAUGACGAGCGCGUCGGUGGCGCAAUCGCCGCCUCGAGGGCUGAGGCUGCCUCCGCCUCUGCCACCGCCUCCGCAAGGGUCAGGGGCACGGCCAAGGCGCCUCGCGAUGACGAAGCCGGGAGGGCGGCGCGCGAGAGCGUCGCCGUCCCGGACAUCCAGAUGGUGCCCGACACGCCGACGGCGAGCAUCGAGAGCAGCAGCGCCGACUCGGCCAUUGACGUGGACAUGUCGGACGCCAGCAGCGUCGUCUCGGAGGAUCUUCAGGCCUUCCUCCCCAUUGUCGGACCCGCUGCGAGUCUUGCGCCCGAGCUGGACGUCAAGACGCCGACGGCGCAGAGCAGUAAUGGUAGGGCGUAUUCCUGCAAUGGCUACAAUAAGCGGAAGCGGGAUACGCCUAUCCCUGAGCUAGCUGAGGCGCAGGAUACCUUGCGCAUGUAAGCGUCAACAGCUGAGUGGCUCUCCCCCCCCUGCACUCUGGAGACGCGAGAGAAAAGAAAGUAAGUA